AUAAAAGGCUCCGUGGUUCGAACUUUAGUUUUAUAAAAAAAAAUUAUUAUCAAUACACUGUUUGUAAUAUUGACGCAAAAACCAAGAUGCGUUUAAAUAAGAAGAAACUUUUUCGAGUUCUUGUGACGCAUAAUAUAAUUGCCGAAGAUGGCAAGGUGUUUUAUGGCAUCGACCGGUCCGCGGUUAUGUUAUUCUUUCUCUACAUAGUCCGUGCGCCCGCACAGCCUCCGUUCAGUGUACAAGCCAAAGGCCGCGCAGCACGCGCUCCAACGAUACCGCGGUCGAAGAUAACCGCGAAAGAAUGACAUCGAAAUUCUAAAUUCGAACAUCAGAAUAACCAAAAAGUUUUUUUAAUUUAUUAAUAAUUUUUUUCUAAAUUUUAAUCGUAUAGUUGUCUAUUGUCAGUGUCUAUUUAUUUAUUUUAAUUUUAAUUCAAAGGUGCUAUAAAAAUGUAUCUAUUUUCGAAAAACGUACCAAGUGUGAUCUUCGUUUCGUUAUUUUUGUUGGCUAACGCUCAACGGACAUCGAACAAUAAUCGAGAUCUCGAAUUCCAAGAGCUGGCGCGUCAGAAUAAGAUAACGAAGCAAAUUCUAGAAGCUUUUCUCCAGAAGAAACUCGGCGUGAAGAGUAAUGCAGUGAGACCUCCUUCGGUUCUGGAUAUAUUACCUGUCAAAAUGCACACGAAAGAAAGUACACUAGAGCAGUCUAAUAAAGAAGAGGAUUUCCAAGAAGACUUACAAGAAACUCAAGACUACAUGGAGGAUGACAACCUACAAAGUGUAGAAUCAGAGCAGAUCGACUCGUUCUUGGAUUCAAUUGAAGGUCGGAAAAAAUACCCGACUCCGCCAUUCGAGCCAGAGCUGGAACCCAAUAGCUACCAAUGCUCAACGUGUGGUGACGACGAACUUGGCAUUACACGAUGGACAAUGCCUUUACUAAAAAGCGGAGAAAAACGAUAUUAUUUAGGAAUAUUCUUCAAGGCUAAUUGGUUCAAAGCCCAGCAAUACUGCAGGUUCCAUGGGAUGCACCUCGCUUCCAUAUCAUCGCAACAGGAAAACGAUAAACUGGAGCAAUACGUUAAGGACUCAGGUUACGGUCGCGAACAUUUCUGGACGUCGGGCACUGAUUUAGCUGAAGAAGGAAAUUUCUUUUGGAUGGCGAACGGCAGGCCGCUUACCUUUGUCAAUUGGAACGCCGGAGAGCCGAACAACUUCAGAUACGAAAAUGGCGAAGAAGAGAACUGCUUGGAACUAUGGAACAGAGACGAUAAAGGCCUCAAAUGGAACGAUUCCCCUUGUUCGUUCGAAACAUACUUCAUUUGCGAAGUCCGAUCAGAUUGAUGAACGAUUCAAAUAUAUUAAUUAUGUAAAUUCGUAACAUCAAAGAUAACAGCUAGCUAGUAUACGUGAUUCAAUGGCAGAAUAAGUACAUUAGAUUACUCCCCAAAUCUUAUAUAUACCUAGUCAGGUCAUAAAUUCUGUCACAUGUUUAAUGUAAAAUAAUUGAAACAAGUUUAUUCAUUAUGUAACCAUUCAUAUACCAAAAUGAACUUAACAAAACAUAGAUUCUUAUGACACUAAAGUUUAUUCAAAAUGACCUCCGUGAUUUUGAAUACAGGCCUUCAAUCUGCGCGGCCAGUCGUCUAUCGCAGCACGAACGAGGUCCAUGUCAAUAUCGGCGGCUGCCUUAAUCAAGGAUGUCUUGAGUGACUCGAAAUUGGGAUGAGGCUUUGAGCACGCCUUUUCCUCCAAGUGUUGCCAUAUCUUGUAAUCUAACGGAUUCAAAUCUGGACUGGAGGAGGGCCAGUCUUCGUGCCGGAUGAAGUCGAUUUCACGCGCCGCCAGCCAGUCUUGUGUGCUCUUCGCUCUAUGAGCUGGCGCCGAAUCUUGUUGGAAUACCCAGUGCCUGUUAUUGAACAUGGUAUGAGAAACAGGUUCCACUAGGUUCGUCAGGACUGUAUUUUGAUACACAACUGCAUUCGUUUUUACACCUUUCUCACAAAAAUGUACCUCUGUUAAGCCCCAAUAAGAAACUCCCAACCAUACCAUGAGCGAGGAUGGAAAAUGACCUCGUUGGACACGCGGAAUACGGUUGCUCGCUUCUUCACUACUGUGUGCGUACACCUUAUCAUUUUGUUUGUUGUAGCUCUCUUCUACGGUAAAAAUUUUUUCAUCCGAAAAAAGAAUUUCCCGAUCUUUUUUUCCCGCGUACCGUUUCAACAAAGCGCGGCAUCUCUUCAGUCUCAGGUCCAUUAGACGAGCAUUCAAACGAUGUCCUGUUUUUCUUCGAUAUGCCCGAAGCCCUAAGUCUUCAUUUAACACCCUUUUCAUCGUGUUUCUGCUUAACCCCAUCUGAAGGGCCAACGGUUUCUGCUUACGUUUGGGAUUUCUUUGAAUUCUCGCCUUCACAGCUAUUAUCACUGCUGGAGUCCUAACAGACCGAGGGCAACCACUUCUUGACCUGUCAUCUACACUAGAGUCUUCAUUGUAUCGUUUGAUGGUACGAUAAACGAAUCUUUUGGUUAUAUUCAAAUUUUUCAGUAUGUUAAAAAUUUGAAUUGGCGCGUAACCGCAACGAUGCAACGCAAUAACUGCAACACGGUCUUCUUUAAGCGUCCACUCCAUAUUUAAAAAUGAGUAAAAUUCUAAAAGUAUACAUUUUUAUUUUCAGGAACAAUUCGAAAUUCGAAUUCAAUAAACUUUUUUGUGGCCAGCAUUCUAAAAGAAAAGUUUUUACUGUGUGACAAUACUUAUGACCUGACUAGUUAUAUAUAAAAAUGAAUUGCUGUUCGUUAGUCUCGCUAAAACUCGAGAACGGCUGGGCCGAUUUGGCUAAUUUUGGUCUUGAAUUAUUUGUGGAAGUCCAGAGAAGGUUUAAAAGGCAGAUAAAUAUGAAAAUGCUCGGAAUUAAAUAAAAAUAACAAUUUCGUUUUCCCUUUGAUGUGUCCCCCGUUGGACGCAUUCCUUUUGUUUGUUUUAAGUUUAUUUUAUACAAAAGUUUAGGUCUUUUAUUUAUCGGUUGAGGCACGACGAAGUCUGCCGGGUCAGCUAGUUGUAAAUAAAAUGACCGACCGCUGUUUACCGUUCAAGAUUAUUUUCGAACCUCGUUUGAAAAAAGUCUGACAUUUCAUGAACCUCGGGAAAAACCAUGAAUGAAUUCAGCUCCUACCAUGAGGGAAGCGAGCGGUAGGAAAGGGAAGGGGGAAUCUAGACAUGAAAUUAACUCCCGAUAUUAUCAUUAUAAUUUACGGAUAAGUAUACUAACUAGUAUUCAAAAUACCAAUCCAAAUAUAUGAAUAAAUAAAAAUAAGCAAUUUGGUGAUACUAAGGAGUAUUUGGGGCCAAAUUUAUUUAACAAGCAAAUACAAUUUUAAUAUUUCUUACUUCAUGUUGUAUAGUAAUACCACAGUUUGAUUUUAAAAGAUCGUAGUUUCUAGACACAAAACUCCAAAAUAACUUUUAUUUUCUGUUAUGAAGCACGAUUUUGUGCAAGCAGUUUAAAAAUUUAGAACAUACCAUGUUUUAAAUCACAUAACGAAAUAAAAGCGAAGUUUUUGUCGCAUUUAUUAGUCCUUAUAAACCUAUAACAAUUAAAACAUUAUGAAUUGUCUUUCUGGUUACAUAAUUACAGCUUAAUAUAUACCAUACCUAAAUAUUCCGAUAGCUAGACUACUAUUGCAAUGUUUUUUUACGUGUGUGCAUGCAUCGAAAAUUACGUUAAAUAAAUUAAUGCUUUUAGGAGAAAAUUUAAAACAAAAACAACCAAUUUCUCCCAAAAACGUAAUUCAUACCAUAAAUAAACAUAAUAAUUUCGAUUAUGUGUAAAUGGUGUAGUUUUUAAGUGAAAUACUCAUUUGAUUGUAUUAUAGAAAAUAUUUUCACCAGCAAAUUUCAAGACUUGUAAGUAAGUUUAGGUGUAUUUAUUUUUUUAUUUCAACCUUUGCGUUUAAUGUGGACUUGUCAGCAAUCACUGCCUAAAUAUCUUUUGAGCCUUGCCUCAAACGACACUUUUCGUGUCCAUAGUCAAAAA